UGGGUGGCGCCACUUAGCCAGCAUUUACGUUGCUCUGCCCCAAAGGCUGCUGGGUAAAUUGUCUCUGAGGAAGCAGCAUGAGCCGAUAAACAAGUUGACAUCACACAGAAGUAGCAGAGUUAGCAGAGACAUUCAGUGAGCUGCAGGCAUCUCCAGUCAUGGAGGACAUAAGCACUGUGAUGUCCUGGUUUUCCAGCCCUGUAUACAGCCGCUACUGGCAGCACUACCAGCAGGCGAUGGCCUGGCACCAGAGACACAGGCGUGCCUACCGAAAGGCCUUGGAGGCUGCCUACGGCCCCGGCUACUGCCUGGAGCAGCAUCCCAGCAGCCACCGGCGCUACGCGGACUGGCACGGCAGAGAGCGUGGCAGGAAAGAUGAAGAAGAAGAGGAGGAGAGCAGCUCGGACAGCGAGAUCGAGUGCGACGUGAGCAACAUGGAGAUCAGCGAGGAGCUUCGGCAGUACUUCGCCCAGACGGAGAAACACAGAGAGGAGCUGAAGAAGCAGCAGCAGAUGGAGGCCGAGCAGCACGACAGCUACGUGCCGGCCGACCAGGACAUGCACGCCGUCUCCUGGCGAAGCAGCGCGGCUCCUCCCUUCGAGAGACCGGGCGAGAGACGCGGGGCCGAGAUGAAGAAGCUGUACGGCGAGGAUGCGGCCAAGAUCCUGGCCAUGGAGGCGGCGAUGCAGCUCACGUUCGACAGAAACUGUGACCUCAAACAGCCCAAGUACUGGCCCGUCAUCCCGCUGAAACUGUAACGGCGGCGGGCAGAGCGGUCGGUUUGGAGGAAAUCCCUCUGAUCUCUGAUCUCAGGGUGCCGUUGUAAUGGAUGGAGGGCUGUCCACACUUCUAAUGUGGAACUAAUGGUUUGGGUUGGCUGAGGGGUUGGAAGUUAUUUUAAGCACAAAAAGAUGUAAAUGUCACCAACCUGUCAGCUGCUGCCCCACAUGGAAACUUAUUUUCAAUGUACACAAAAUGUUGGAUUUGUUGUAACUUUACACUUCUACAUAACUUACUUUUAACUCUGUGAACUGUAUGGGCUCUGUAUGGGAUCCACAGCUCCUCCGUCAUGUUUCCAAAUCAUCUCUCCUGCGUUUGAGGUCAAAGGGGAAGCUGCCAUCAGUGCGUGGUGUCCGGUCAUGACAUGCUGGUUUUGAUAAAUACAUGGGGGAAAAAAAUAUUUAUACAUAAACAACUUAUGCCUGCAUGUUUCCACCUAAUCUGUUUAUGUUUACCCUCGAGCUUGGUGAUGUUACAUGCUGCAGUAGCUCCUCUUAUGCCUGUCAACUCGGUUUAACCACAGAAACACUGUCGACCCCCUCCCCCCGCUCAAAUUUUUAGAAGCGUUCCCGCAUGGCUGCUUCUGAUAUUCCACUUUUCAGCGCACAUGAAGAGUGAUUUGUUGUUGUUGCUUCUAAACUGUGCCUCUCCAAUUCUGACAUUUCAUCAGGUUCAAAGGCGUCGGUUCGGUUUCUCAGGAGGGACGUUGACUAUUCUCUUUUAUAUGGCGCUCGCACCAGUAGACUGAGCGAUGUGUGUUUUAAUAUGAAUUCUGUUUGUAAUAAAGUAUUUUAUGUUUGGAUAAAA